UUCUGUGAGCAGCUUAGAGAGGUUUUUGUUGUUUUGGAGGCCUGUUCUUGUUUUAUAUUUUCCUUGGCUGCUGCUUCAUCCCUGGGAAACACUCAGUUUGUAGGACGUGUACCAACAAGACAUCCCUUUUCUGCCUCGAGGGGCUGAGAAGUCAUCCAUGAACAGACAUCGCCUCCUGCGGCAUUUGGAUAGUCUGGUGUUUUCUGUGGAGUAGAUCCACCCAGGCACAGAGGUACAUCCUGAAUGCAAAUCAGCCACAUCUUUUCUGGAGCAAAAGGUGUUCAAAGCUUCCCCACGUCCUUGUCAUGGUGCUUAAGGUCUUCUUCCCUGCCUGCUGCUCAUUGGCCGAGAGCGGCCUUUUGGUUGGGCGAUGGAUCCCGGAGCAGAACUCUGCUGUGAUCCUCGCCGUGGUCCACUUCCCGUUCGUCCCUGGCCAAGUGAAGCAGUAUCUUGCCGAGGUGCAUCAUGUGACACAGGUUGAGGUGUCAGUGUUGGGUUCAUGGACCAACAGCAAACAAGCCAAGGAGGAGAAUCUGGGCAGGUUCCUCGAAGACCUCAGCACCAUUUUCUCUCACGACCCCUGGAUUCAGCUCAGCAGAAAACAAGGCAGCAAGUUCUGGAGCUGUAGCACCAUUUGGAAGCAUCCCAGUGGCGACGAGGGAGAUGAAACAACCCUGGUUUAUUAUGACCAGCGCAAAGUCAUGCUGUCACAACUGCAUCCGCCACUGGACUCCGAGGUGGCAGCUGCUUCUUCUCUGGACCGGAAGGUAGAAAACGCCUCUAGACUCAUGGCCAUGUUUAACACUGUCUCCCAGAGCAAGGUACUCUUCAUGAAGGACAGGUACGACGAGGGACCGAUCAAGCUCACCCACUGGCAGUCAGAAGGAGUCGAAGCCAGCAUCAUUGUGGAGCUGAUGAAGCAGGCCUCUGUGCCUGCCUGCCUGCUGGUCACGUUCCUGCUUUCGCUGGUCUCCCGAGUCUGUCAAAGCAGAGCGCUGACGUUUUGGCCUUUGUCCUUCAUCUGGAGCAAACUUUCAACUUGCCAGCAGUUGAGGCACCGGCUGCAGCACCUCCAAGUCAUUAGCAGCCCCAAGAAGGCCCCAGAUCAGUCCCAGCUGAUGAGAAAAGCCAACAUAUUUGUCUCCAUCCUCCUUGAUGUGACCUUGGGAAUCCUGCUAAUGUCCUGGCUGUACCGGAAGAAUCGGAUCGGUCAUCUUGCCAACGCUCUCAUCCCGAUGGCUGAUCACGUAGCCCAGCAGCUUCAAGACCUCUUGCAGUGGCUGAUGGGCGUGCCAGCUGGUUUGAAAAUGAACAGAGCGCUGGACCAAGUCUUGGGACGGUUUUUCCUCUACCACAUCCAUCUGUGGAUUAGCUAUAUCCACCUGAUGUCUCCAUUCAUUGAGAUGAUCCUGUGGUACGUUGGCUUGUCCGCCUGCCUCGGCCUGACUGUGGCCCUUUCCAUCCUCUCUGACAUCAUUGCCCUCUUGACCUUCCACAUAUAUUGCUUUUACGUCUACGGAGCCAGGCUCUACUGCUUGAAGAUCUACGGCUUGUCUUCUCUGUGGCGCUUGUUCCGUGGGAAGAAGUGGAAUGUCUUGAGACAGCGAGUAGAUUCCUGUUCCUAUGAUUUAGACCAGCUGUUUAUUGGCACUCUGUUAUUUACCAUCCUGCUGUUUCUUCUGCCCACGACAGCCUUGUACUACUUAGUUUUCACUUUGCUGCGUCUGCUGGUGGUGCUUGUGCAAGGUGUAAUCCAUCUGCUGGUGGACCUCAUCAACUCACUGCCCUUUUACUCGGUCCUGCUUCGUCUCUGCCGGUCCUACAGACUUGCAUCUGGUGUGAAGUUCAGAGUCCUUGAGCAGGAAGCCGGGAAACCUCUCCGACUUUUAAUGCAGAUCAAUCCUCUGAGUUACGGUGGUGUGAUGCAGGCAUACCGGCUCCCGACCUACAGCUGCUACCCCAAGGACUCCUGGGGCUCCCUGUGCAAGAAGCUGUUUGUGGGUGAGCUGAUCUAUCCUUGGAAGCACAAAGGGGAGAAGCAGGACUGAGCAGAGGCUGCUGCACGCCGGGCGGAGGGAGCAAGCCAGACUCGACCGUUUGCAGACCGGUUGUUCCUGGGCCACGAGCAGCCUUGGAAAGGCCCUUGCCAAGCCAGUGCAAGAGGGACAUUACCAAGAAACUGGAUGAUGUGCAGGGAUGGGGUGGAUUGUAGAGAAAAAGGAUACGGAUGCAUUUCAGGAAAGGUCUCUUUUUUCCUACGGCAUCAAUCAAGUUGUCUAUUGCCAUGCGGUGUUCUUUGUUAAAUGAUUUUUUAAAAAUCUGAAUUAGAAUUGCCUGCCGGGAAGUUUUCAGGGGCUAAAUCUAAUCUGUGGUCUCUUGUUUGUUUGUUUUUUAAUGGUGGGAUUUGUGAAUGCUGCAGUUCUACCAGGACAUGGGGUAAGCACUAGAUUCAGAGUUUUGAGUAUGGGGUAGAUCCAUGCAACUGUCCCCUCUGAAUCUUGCUCACUUCUCCCACUUUACUCCAGCCUUUGUUUCACGUGGCUUUUGUCCAUACAGGUCUCAUGAUCUAUAGCAUAGCCUUUUUCAGGGGGCCAAAGGGGACUUUUCUUCCUUUUUUCAUCUGUGGUAAAGCUGGUUAGAUCUACCCCACUAUCAGAGUUUGGGUUCUCACCCAACUUCUCCCACCACCAAGUUUCUAGUCCUUAGGAUUGCGGAUAGUUGAAAGUAUAUGGGCAAUACCUGUUGGAAUCAAAGAAAGCUAAAGGAUGGGUGGCCAGAUUAGAUUUCUGAUGCUGGUGAAGGUCUGUUGGUAUCAUGUAAGAAACAAACCAGCAAGGGACAGUUGUAGCCACUGGAUUGCAAGUAUACAUGAGGCCAGGGCUUUUUUUCUGGGGAAAGAGGUGGUGGAACUCAGUGGGUGGCCCUCAGAGAAA